GCAUUCACGAGAAACAAAUCUAAUGGAAUCCAAAAUUCCGAGAUUUCAGAGGCAAAAAUCUUUAUUCAAUUCCAGAUACCCUUGUCCGAAUACAAAAAUUCAGGAAAUAUUAGAGAACGAAAUAUAAUUAUGACGCCGAUAAUCAGAUUUUGAAAUUAAUAAGUGCAGUAAAAAAAAGCUCUAAAUUAUAAAUGUGGCAAAAGUCACAAGUCAUAACCCCCAUCUUCUUCAAUCGGCAGAGCUCCCUUUUUGUUCCAGAUUUGAUCUUCAAUUUUGUGCAUAAUUUGAAGGAGGGCCGAAAUUUGAAGCAGAAAGAUCAUCAUGCACUCCUUCGCCUACAGAGCUAAUGCUCUGCUAACGUUCGCCAUCACCAUUCUUGCGCUAAUGUGCGCCAUGGCCUCUGUCUCCGACAACUUCAAUUCGCCGUCGCCGACCUCUGAAGUUCAGGUGUCGCAUAUCAAUUGGUUCCAGAAGAAACCGGACGGUGAUGAUGAGGUUAGCCUGACACUGAAUAUAUCUGCAAACUUAGAGUCAUUGUUUACAUGGAACACAAAGCAGGUCUUUGUAUUCUUAGCUGCUGAAUAUGAAACCCCCAAAAAUGCGCUAAACCAGGUCUCUUUAUGGGAUGGUAUUAUUCCUUCCAAAGAGCACGCGAAAUUUUGGAUUCACACUACUAACACCAAGUAUCGUUUCAUCGAUCAAGGAAGCAAUCUACGAGGUAAAAAGUUCAACUUGACAUUGCAUUGGCAUGUUAUGCCCAAGACCGGCAAGAUGUUUGCCGACAAAAUAGUGAUGAGCGGCUUCCGCUUGCCGGAGGCCUACAGAUGAUCAAAUUGGCAUAUCUGCUCUAACUUUAGCCUUUGGAGAAGAAGAUGAGAAAUGGAGUUUACAUUCGAAAAAGUACAUUUAAUGGAUUUUUUUCACUACUUAUAGAACUUGUAAUUUAAGAGUUCCAAAUUUUCGUUUCAAAAAAAAAAAAGAUUUCAAAUUUUGUUUUUAACUUUGUCAAGGUUGCUAUACAUUUAUUUGAGACCCUGAAAGGUGAUUGGCUAAGUUGGUGCAUGAGUUUCGCUUAAAA